CUGGAAAUAGCGGAAAGAACACCAUCAGCUACGGAACCAAGAAAGGAACAAGGACAGCAACCACCAGAGGGCAAGCAGUUGGACAUAAAGCUGGAAACACUGGAGGACUCAGAAUCAGAAGAAUCGAUACCUCCCAAGGACUCAUCACACGAAUCAUCGGAACAUUCUGAUCUGGAAAUAGACACUGGAACAAGUGAGCAACAAACCACAACCGACCAGCCAAAUCAGAAGAAAACAACACCGGAGAGCGAGAAAACAAAAGAAAAAUCAGCUACAAUAUGGACGCAAAGACCAAUGGAUAAUCGACAAGAAAGGAAAAUGGAUAAGACGAACGAACAACUAUGGAUCAAGCAACUCCCAAACAUCAUGGAGACGGCAAAGAAGAAACUGGAGGAAAGAAAAAACCUGACAUGCGCCCCACCAAGGAGAGAAAGUGCAUUCAAAAACUUCCUCAUACUAGCAUGCGCAAUAAGCAUAAUUCCAACUACAAGGUCAGCACCAUACGUAUACUGUAAUGGAACCCACCUCACGCUGAACGCGGAGAAACAACAAGGAAUACUAUGCAUCGACACCGAUUGUCAAAAAAUCGGAGCUGAGACCGAAUCGCCUAAAGUUAUGGAGAUAGAAGCCAAGUCACACAACAACAUGAUAACCGUAAAACUCAUUACGGAGGAAGGAACCGAAAUCACUCGAUGCGGUGGAAACAACAUCUGCCAUAAAACAAAAUUCAUGACAAGGAACCUACUCGGAAACCCACACUGCUGGCCAUUGGGAGCUCAACUGUCAGCCUUUAUCUACAUCACUUUAUUCUUCUCAAUACUACUGCCAUUGAUUCGCUACAUGGCAACAAGUACCAAGAAUUCAAGGAUAGCCAAAUCAGCCAACAAAAAAUGGAAACAAACGAAGGAAAUGGCUAAGAACCUCAAGCAACUGACAAACGCACAACAACUGGCGAAACUGGAACAAAAGGAAUGGAAUUCACAAAAACCACUGAACAAGGAAUGGAAAUUUGAGAACUCAACCAUAUGGAACACGCAAAUCGAGGAAACUACAAAUCCAGAACCAAUCUACGAUACAGUGGAGCCAAUAAACUCAAGGAACGACGAGGGAAAGUUAAUAAGAAAUCUGAAACGCAAAUCAGAUUCCCCUCGAAACGCAACCCGAUCCAAAAUACCAAAACAGACAGCAUAUAUGUCAACCUUGGUCAUCAUGGGAGUAUGGAGCUUAGGGCAUGGAUGCCAGGACACUCAUACUAGAUACAUAACAGAAUUAAAGUGUGAUAACCGAACACAUUGCUUCUACCAAUUUGGAAGAGAAGUCAUGUUUAACACACUUACUUCAAAAAUCUGCGUACAAAUGAUGCACAACAACGCAGCAAUCGGAUCAAUAGAAAUAGAGAAGAUGAACUCUACACUCAAAUGCGUCAAGGAACAUCUACACUACUCAAGGAUAACCGAACCUAUCGUGGAAACAUACAAUAGAUGCCCAUAUGCUGGAUCAUGUCAAGGAGAUAACUGUGAGGAACUGACAAAACACGCAUAUCUGGAGGAAUUCAACCAUACGUAUCAAUACCAUGGAGAAGCCGCGUGCACAAAAGCAUGCGUAGGAUUAUUCUGUGGAUGUGGAAUAUUCUUCAAAUCAGGAUGCAGCUUCUACAGACUAUACCACAAGCCAGUAACGGAAGAAAUUUUCGAAAUAUUCCGAUGCGCAGAAUUCUACAACGAAGUGAUCUUCAAAAUCAACAUUAUCAUCAAGAAGCAGCUGACAACACAAUACAUCAAGAUGAAGCCGUACCAAAAAGUAAGGACACCUUUUCUUAACGCAACGGUCGUAUCCAUCACAAACCAAUACUCACCGAUUACAAGCAAUCGAUUUGCUAGAACAGAAAAUCGCACAAUAAUGCUAGAUAAUCACGACGAGUUUAUGAUGAAAUGCCAAACCAAAAGCGAAGCAAGAGACAAUCAAACAGCAUGCUUACUACCCGACAAGUGCCAUUGUCGGAACCACCUGGAGAAGGCCUAUUGUGAGUGCCCCACAAAUGCCAUAAGGAAACACGAAAAGCAAAUGCUACCCUUUGCAACAAGUAGCAUUGAGCUAAAGGACUAUGGAAAAACUAUCGUCGCUGUUCAAAAAACAGAUGAAAUACUGUUUUUUAUGGAAUCAAAUCUACUAAUGGAAAGCGCAGCGAUGAACUUGGACUACCCAUGCGUGCCAGCCUUCACAAACAUAACAGGAUGUUAUGACUGCCCUGAAGGAGCAAAAAUAUCAAUCAACUGCAUGGCAACAGUAGACUCAUGGAUCACCAUACAAUGUGAUGAACACAUACGCUCAAUUGAAUGCGCACCAUCAAACCCAAGUACGAUGAUCACCAUGUAUUUCAACGAAGCUACUGUAAGCCAACAAUGCUUCACCAAAUGCGCCAACCAGCGGAAGGAAUUUACAAUAUCUGGAGUACUACAGUACCACGAAUUGGAAGACGACAUGAGCACAGCUGCUCAGCAGGAAAUCGACUGGACCAGAUUACCUGACCUCAAUCCACUAGGAUCUGUCAUAAUCAACAGAUGGAAAACAUCAACGCUGCUUACGGGUGCGUCUGUUGUUACAACGCUUGUGAGUUACGCUUUCGGCGCGCAGGCAUUGACGAUUACGUCAAAACCAAUCUUAUGGAUUACCAGCCAGACCGCAACAUUAAUCUGGAGGAUGUUGGCGGUACUAAUCAAAGCCAUAAUUUAA